AUGAAGAAGAAGGGUACUGCUAGCAACAAUAGUAUAUUUGCAUUAUGGGAAAAGGCUUCAAAAGCAAAAAAGACGGAUGAAACAUCCACUCCAAAUCAGACUGUUGCCGCAUCGAGUUCUUCUUCAGUUCAGGCCGAGAACAACUUGCAAUUGGCGCUAGUGCAAACACCGGAUAUAGAACAUAAACCAACAAGUGAACCAGAGAGAAGAGGUGCAACACCAGCCCCAAUUGUAGAAGAUGAUGAAGAAAUUAAUGAGGAGGAUGAACAAGAAGAAAUGCAGGCAGAUUUGGGGGCACUCAAACAUGAUCCUGGGAUGCGGAUUCCCAUUAAGAGGAUGAUUCACCAUGAUAUACAACAUGAGCUGAUAAAAUGUUGUGCACAAUUGACUACUAAACUAGUCAUCGAAGAACUUGAUGGUGGUCAUUUUGCAAUACUUGCAGAUGAGUCUAGUGAUGUGUAUCAGAAUGAGCAGUUGGCUGUUUGUUUGCGUUAUGUUGACAAGAAAGGAAGGGCAGUUGUUAGAUUUCUUGGUCUUGCUCAUGUUGAAGAUACCGCCUCUUUGACACUUAAAGCUGCAAUUGCGCAAAUGCUUAUGAACUACAAUUUAACCUUUGCAAUGGUCCGUGGGCAAGGAUAUGAUGGAGCUAGUAACAUGAAAGGUAAUGCUAAUGGUCUGAAAAAACUGAUUAUGGAUGAGUCUCCUUCUGCCUAUUAUGUUCAUUGUUUUACCCAUCAACUACAGUUAACUCUUGUUGCUGUUGCUAAGGAGAGUGGUGAUUGUACUUGGUUUUUUCAGCAGCUUGCUUAUUUGUUAAAUGCUCUUGGCAUGUCUUGUAAGAAGAUGAGAAUGCUUCGAAUAGCUCAGGCUGAGGAGUUGAUAGAUGCAUUGGAAUUGGAAGAAGUGGAAACAGGAAGUGGGCAGAAUCAGGAGAUGGGUUUGGCAAGGCCAUGUGAUACACGUUGGGGAUCUCACUUCAGAACCGUGAACAAUGUCAUCUCUAUGUAUGGUGCAAUACGACGCGUUCUCAUCAGGAUUGGAAAAGAGUACCACGGUGCAGAGGCCGUAGCAGCUCUAACCGUGCUGACAUCAUUUCGGUCAUUUGAGUUUGUUUUCAUGGCACACUUGAUGCAAGAAAUAUUUGGAUACACAGAUGAAUUGAGCAGAGCUUUGCAAAGGAAAGAUCAAGAUAUUGUUAAUGCUAUUGAGCUUGUUGAUCUCACAAAGUACCACUUGGAGGGCUUGAGGUCGGACCCUGGAUGGGAUGAUUUUCUUUUGAAGGUAACAUCUUUCUGUACAAAGCAUAAGAUCAAAGUUAUUGAUAUGGAUGGUCCUUACUGUCCCGUUGGGCGACCUAGAAGGGGUUUCUAUAAUAAAGCAAUCAAUUUCCAUCGCUUCCAUGUUGAUAUGUAUGUGGGUGUCAUUGAUAGGCAACUUUCGGAGUUGAAUGACAGAUUUGAUGAGGUAAAUACGGAUCUACUUUCUUCCAUGGCAGCAUUCAGUCCACUUCGUUCAUUUGCUGCUUAUGAUCAAAAGAAGUUGGUUAGGCUUGCUACAGAGUUUUAUGCUAAUGAUUUCACAAGUGAUGAACUGGCAAGACUUCCAUGGCAGUUGGACAUGUAUAUUAGUCAUGUGCGCAGAGAUGAAAGGUUUAAAAGCUUGAAGAAUCUGAAUGAACUUUCAGUUAAGAUUGUCGAGGCAAACUUCCAUGAGCAGUAUUAUAUUGUUUACAAGCUUCUUAAGUUGGUUUUGCUUCUACCAGUAGCUACUGCUAGUGUUGAAAGGGUUUUCUCCUCAAUGAACUAUGUGAAGAAUAAGCAAAGGAACAAGAUGGGCGAUGAGUACUUGAACAAUUGUAUGGUUACAUUUAUUGAGAGAGAGUUCUUCAAUCAAGUUACAGACGAGGAUAUCAUCAAUCUUUUCCAACAAGGCGAUCGCAAAGUUAUUUUGUAA